AUGGUUUUCACGAAAUCGCAAUUAUUUCUCACGGUCGUAAUGACCUCACUCAGUGUACAUGCUGGAUUGUUACCUUGGGGCUCAUCCUCACUGCCUUCGUCAUCAUCAUCGUCGGCAUCUUCAUCCUCACCAUCUUCAUCAGCAGCAGCCUCAACAGCCUCUUCCUCAUCAUCUCCAGCUUCCUCCUCAGGGGAAUGUUCCUCAGCUUCUUCUUCUGCUUCAUCGUCACUGUCUGAAUCCUCCUCUUCCUCACUGCCAUCAGCCACUUCAUCAUCUUCAUCAGCUGCAGCAUCACCCUCCUCUUCCUCAGCUUCCUCUUCUGUCUCAGCUUCCUCAGCCUCUGCCUCCUCUUCAUCAGCUUCUGCUUCAUCUUCCUCAGCUUCCUCCUCCUCUUCAGCCACCUCUUCCUCUACUGCAUCUUCCUCCUCCGCCUCACCCUCCUCAUCCGCAUCAGCUGCUUCUUCUUCAUCCGCGUCAGCUGCAGCAGUCUCCUCUUCACCCUCCUCCUCCUCAUCCUCAUCGUCUUCGGCUGCAGGAGCAUCCUCAGUUUCUCCACCAUCCUCCUCAUCAUCGUCUUCCUCAGCUGCCGCCUCUCCUUCUUCUUCGUCUCCUCCAUCAUCAUCAUCGUCAUCGUCAUCACCUCCAGCCUCCGCCGCAUCCCCACCUUCAUCAUCAUCGUCUGCAACAGCGUCAUCAGCCCCCUCAGCAGCCAGAUCUCCCAGUUCCUCUUCCUCACUUUGGAGGUCUUCAGUGCUUUGCACUGCCUCUUGUGUCCAGGCCCCUACACUCAGCAGGGCAAUCAGCAGCCCAAGCAACCACCUCCGCACAGCUGCCAUGUUUGGAUCACUCACAGAGUAG